AGCCUCUACUUUAGUCAAUCCUCUUUGGGGAUAAGUACGAAAGAGUUUUUCAUCCUCUCUCGAUAAUCUCCACGAAAGGACAAGAUAAAUCAAGAAUUUUCAUUUCACGCGAAAUGGAGAGUUGGAGUGACUGGUGGUGAUUUUAUUUUUUUUUAUCUAAAAAAUCAUAAUGUCGAUGGACUCUGGUCGGCUGGUGGUGGGUGGACGCACGAGGGAAUCCAACGACUUCAGGGUCGACAGGUGACUCUAUGAAAUACAGUGGCAAUUACGUGAUAACGUUUACCUGGAAAAAUCUGGGGAUAAUGGGACAGUCACACAGUGCUGAGGGAAGGUACAAGCUGAGGAGACCCAGCUUCAAGCAGAUCACAAUGGGAAAGAGACGGAUUAAUUACUCCAAAAAUUUGUCACACACAUUCUCAUUCCCCGACGAAACAAUCAAGCCCCAGCAAUUGAACAUCAACACAGCAACUGAGGAAGAGCUCAUGACACUGCCCGGUAUAACCCGAAAUAUAGCAGUAAAUAUCGUCAGCCAUAGAAGACUGAUAGGUAGAUUCAACAGAAUCGAGGACGUAGCCCUUGUCUCAGGAGUUGGUGCUCAAAAAUUGGAGAACAUAAAGCUCGAGGUGUACGUGACAUCAGUAAAUGGCAGCGGUACAUCAUCAAGAGCAUCAACAACAUUGGACUCGAUGGGAAAUACAGAAAGCCCAGUUGACGUCAACUUGGCUAGUGUUUUUGAUCUUCAGACACUGCCUGGUGUCGAUCAGGAAUUGGCAUCGAGAAUUGUUGAGAAACGAGCGAAGCAUGGGUGGUAUCACUCCCUCGAUGAGAUCGCCAAGCUGAGGGGAAUGGGUAAGCAUCGAUUUGCGAUGAUAAAGCCACACCUGAAGAUCAAUGUGUCCAAUGGAUUGGUAAUGAGAACACCGAGCAGUGACAGUACUUUACCAGCUUGGGAUAUACCCCAGGCAUCGAGUACUCCAAGGCUCAAUAAUGUUGGAAGAAAAUCCGGACGAAUUGAUCGAGAGGAAUUCACUGAACCAAUUGUGCCAGAGAACGACGAGAAUGAAAAACACUUCGAGCUGAGCACUGGAAUAUCAGAGAAGGAGAUAUGGGAAUUGCUGAGCAUCGCCAGUCCUCGUCCAAGUCUGAGAUUCGAGUGCAUCCACAGGUCUUUCGUGAGGAAAACGAUAAGAAUAGCUUCCUGGAAUCUUACGUCAUUCACUGCUGAUAAGGCGAGCAAUCCUGGGGUGAUGGAGGUCGUCUGUCGGACUAUUCUUGAGAAUCAGAUCUGUCUUCUGGCUCUUCAGGAAGUCAAGAGCCCUGAGGCACUGGAGAUUCUCACUAAUGAGCUCAAUUUACCGACUCUCAAGAGAGUCAGGGAUUGGCGAGAGAACAAGAGGAAGUGGCACUCGGUGCACCUCGGUGCUGGUCUCGCUGUCCUGUGGGAUGCCGAUCCCAGGAAGAAUAUCAGCCUCAGGGAGCAGCCACCAGCUACCAAAGUAUUUCUUCCAGUUCUUGCCUCUAUGAUAUUCCAUAUUAAUAAAAUCGAUUUAACGAUAAUAAACGUCCAGAUGCAUGGACCGGACGACAUGAAGAUAAUCGAGAGAUUCCUGGAUGCUAAGAAUUCAAUAUUCCUCGGUGAUUUCUCGUGGACAGACGACACGACGAAUUGCAGUGGCAAUAUAAUGAUCGAUACGAAUACAGCAGUUAACAGCGACAAGUACUUUUACAAGGAUAGAAUAAUCUGGCGUGAGGAUUCCUCGAAAUUAUUUGAUACAGGACUCCACCGAGUGGUGAGACAGGGGCUCAUGCACUUGGGAAUACCUCAGGGAUGGAGAUGGGGUGGUCCAGCAUCGGAUCACUGUCCAGUCUGGUGUGAAAUAUUCACAGAACCCAGUGACACGUGAUACACUUCCAUUUAUCUAUUGACUAAUGAUUUUUCUCCUUCGCAACGAUUUUCAGGGGAGAGUUAAACUUAAUUUACAAUUAUCAUCGUUAAAACUUCCUCAAAAAAUUGAUACCCUUCCUCAAUGAAUUAAUUACGAUAACGAGUUGAUAAAAUAGUCGUUGUCACAUGGCCUCAGAUGAUUGAGAGAUUUAAUAUCUAGCAGUAUUCUUCUUCUUGAUCUUCAAUUGAUAAAAAAGAAGAAUAAAGACUGACUAUUUCGAUUGUACGAGACAAUGCGAUGCUGGUAUAUCGUAUUACUGAUGUAUUAUAUUGUAAAAUAUAAGAGAAUUAUUUUCCUA